AGGUCUGUAAUCAUCAUACUGUACCUAUAAUGCGGUACGGAGACGAUAACUUGUGCGCAUGCGCAGCGGAAAUCGCAGCGGAAGAGGACGAGAGCGACGCUUCAAAAGAAACACUGCCGUACAUAUUGUGUUAAUAUGAAUCAGGGGAAUCCGAUCGAAUAUGAACGACAUGGAGGCGACUGACUCACCCGUUAUCACAUCUUUACUUCAGACUGAUAAAAACAAUAUGCAGUCUGAAGAUACUCUAGACUGUAUUACAGAUGUGGAAAAUCAUGUGACUCUCCCAAGAAUAGACGGAUGUGAUGAGACAGAAUUGAUCGACACGCAGUCAGAAGGUGGCUUAGACCCAAAUAAUGUUCCAGUGGGUCUUCAGAAAGAAGAAGCUGUUCUGCGUGAUGUAUCAGACACUGGUAAAUGUUUGGAGGACAAUGGCCAGGAGGACUCGGGUGAAUUCGUUGUGGCCGUGUUAGCUCGGGGAAAGCUGGAAGAGCCGGGCGUGUGCACGAAUAGAAUUCCGUCCCCUCUCUCAGAAUCUCACUUAGAGGCUUCUUCUCACUCGGACGAGGAUGUGACUGCGGAGAGCUGGAGACGGCACCGAAAACACGUGUUUGUCCUGAGUGAGGCUGGGAAGCCCAUCUACUCACGAUACGGCAGCGAGGAAGCCCUGUCCUCCACCAUGGGUGUCAUGAUGGCGCUGGUGUCCUUCAUUCAAAGCGGGGACAAUGUCAUUCGUUCUGUCUACUCAGAUGAGCACACAGUGGUCUUCAUGCAGCAGGGCCCUCUUGUGCUCGUCUCUGUCUCUAGCACCCAUCAGUCUGAACAGCAGCUACGCAAUGAACUGCUUUAUGUCUAUAACCAGAUUGUGAGCAUGCUUACCCAAGCCAGCAUUACCCGCAUCUUUGAGCACAAGAAGAACUACGACUUGCGCCGCUUGCUAGCUGGCUCAGAGAAGAUCCUAGACGGUUUACUAAACCUGGUCGACUUUGAUCCAAGUUUCUUGCUCUCCGCUGUGCACUGUCUACCCAUUUCCUCCUCAUUCAGGGACUCGCUUAGCCAGAUACUUCAGAAGGCAAUCACUCCCAACCUAGUCUUCUCUAUUCUCAUUGCCAAGAACAAGCUGCUCACCAUUGCACAGGAGAAGAUGGUGAUUGAGGAUGCCAAGCUGGACCCUGCUGACCUUCACCUGCUCCUCAACCUUAUUGGAGCCUCCUCUGCGUUCCAGGCUGGUGAAAUCUGGACCCCAAUCUGCCUCCCCAGCUUUAACCCUGACUGUUACUUUUAUGCCUACAUAUCCUACCUGGACCCACCUGAGUGCACCGUGUGCCUGCUGCUGCUUUCCACAGACAAUGAGGCUUUUUACGCAGUGGCAGAGUGCAAGAAAAAGAUUGAGGAAGCCAUGCAGGCCCAAAAUGCUCUAUCAUCAAUUGCCAAAGCUCAGUCCUACAGCGUCAGUCAGGUGGGAGUGUCUGAUCUCCGGCACUUUAUGUACAAGCCUUUUGACGUUCCAGACAACCACCAUCAGCUGAUACAGUUCACCAGCCCAGAGAUGGAGGCUCCUUAUGACAGUCAAGAGGAGAAGAUGAGGCUGCUGGACCUUUACAGAGAUAUGCAUGGCCGCAUACACAACACUUCUCGCCCUCUUAAGCUCAUUUACCAUGUGGCGGCACGAGAGACCCUGCUGGCCUGGGUUACAAACAAAUUUGAGCUAUAUACUUGCUUUAGCCCUCUCGUAACAAAGUCCUGCGCCAUCAAUGCUAUUACAAAACUGCUGCGGUGGUUGAAGAAGGAGGAGGACCGUCUCUUUAUACGAUAUCCCCCGAAGUACUCAGCGACACCCAAUACAAGCAAAAGCUAAGAGUGUGGUGCCAAGUGGAAAUUUACUAACAACAGAACCCCUGUGUCUGAUACUCAGCACUCUGUUUCAGAUGGAUAUGGAACAUGCUGCAUAUUAAAUUCUGUCCAAUACCUCAGCGGCACCAGAGAAGUCUUCAGUUUAAUAUUUUUGUUAUUAAUAGUAAUGUCUGGAAUAUUACAGUUCUAACCUGACAUGUCUUUGGAUAUUAGAACGAAGUAGGUGCUUGAUUUCUUGAUUUUUUUUUUUUGUACAAAAAAAUAUCAUGCAUAGAUAAAUUCAGACAUUAAGGUCCAUGUCAUCCUAUUUCUAAUUCUGAUGUCGAAUUGUUAGAACAGGGGCCGUCUUCAUUAUCUGAAGCAAAAAAAAGUGACAUUGUGUAAUUUCAAGAUUUUUAUUUUAUUUGAGCUGUUUGACAGUUGGCUAGUUUAAGAUAAACAAGUAAUAUUAAAAAAGGCAGCCAGAAUAUUUCACAGAAUAAUUUUGCAUUAAAAAAAUACUACUACAUUACAAUGACAUCCAGUGAUGUUUAUCAAAGAUUAUAUUAGGUAUAGUACGACCUUGACCGAAAGUUUUGAGAAUGAUACAAAUAUGUUGGUUUGACUAAGGACGGAUGGUAGCGCUCACUUUCAUACACCUCAAGAAUGGCAGCAAAGAAGUCACUUUUCUCCAGGAAACACAUCAGGGACAGACUGAUAUUCUGCACAAGGUACCAGGAUUAGACUGCUGAGGACUGAGGCUCUCUCAUUAAUUGUCUUUCUGAUUGUUUGGUGGAUCCAGAAAAAAAGCUUGACCGGAGAAAGCCUGUGUCAUGCCAGCAGUAAAGCAUACUAAGACCAUUGAAUGUGUAGGGUCGCUUCUCAGCCAAGGGAGCGGGCUCACUCAAACUUUUGCCCAAGAACACAGCCAUAAACCAAGAAUGGUACAAAAACAUCCUCUGAGAGCAACUUCUCCCAACCAUUCAAGAAGAGCUUGGUGACAAACAAUUUUUUUUCCGGCAUGAGGAAGCACCUUGCAAAAGUGAUAACUAAGUGGCUCAAGGAACAAAACAUUGUUAUUUUGGGUCCAUGAGCAGAAAACUCACCAGACGUUUAUCCCAUUGAGAACUUUCGAUUUAAUUCCCUUACUCACUCACUCACUCACUCAUCUUUUAUAACGCUUUAUCCGGUAUUCAGCGUCGCGGGGACCUGGAGCCUAUCCCAGGAGGCUUAGGGCACGAGGCUGGGUACACCGUGGACAGGAUGCUAAUCCAACGCAGGGCUCACACACACACACAUACACUACAGGCAGGGAAUUUGUAACGCCAAUUAGCCUAACCUGCAUAACUUUGGACUGUGGGAGGAAACCCACCAAGCACGGGGAGGACAUGCAAACUUCAUGCACACAGAGAUGGGAAUCGAGCCUGGCUGGGGAUUUGAACCCAGACCCUGGAGGUGCAAGGCGACAGUGCUAACCACUACACCACUAAGGAAAAACUCCCUGAGAUGCCAUAGGAAGGAACCUUGAGCAGAACCAGACUCAACAGGGAACCCAACCUCAUUUGGGUGAUAACGCAUAGCAUGAAUUAUAUAACGAGAUCAUGUGUGUUGGGCUGCUGGAAGUUUAGUAUAACAGAAGUUGUCCAAGUUAUCAUGGAGUCCAGUUCAGCACUGGUAUGAGUCAGCAGGUGCAAAGGACAGAGGAGGGUCUGGAUCACUGGGAGCUCAAGAGCAGCAUGUGUAGACCUAAACAGUCAUGAAGCAGAAUCCAGCUGGAGUUGGUCCUUCUCUGGAUGCCUCAACAUCCUCGCAGAAUUGGCCCCUGCCUACUGAAGCUAGCACAAUGUCCAGAUGCCUCGGGAAGGGUAGAGAAAGAAAUAACAGGUGGAAAAGAAUUAGCGUAGAUGCCAUUCAGGUCAGUCCUCACAAAGUGGAUAGACCAACAAAAACCCACAAAUUCUGACAACCUCAAAGAAUUGAUUAUGCAACAAUGGGCUGCCAUCAGUCAGCAUGUGUCCCAGAAGUUGAUUGACAGCAUGCUGGGGCGAAUUACAGAAAAGGAGGGUCAGCACGGCAAAUUCUGACUUGUUGCAGAAACUCAAUGUAAUUUGCAAAAAAAAAGACGCUUAUGAAAUGCUUGUAAUUAUCCUUCAGAAUACCAUAGUAAUCUGAGAAAAAGAUCUAAAAACACAAACGCAGCAGACUUAUUGUCAUUCUCAAAUCUUUUGGUCACAGCUGUACUACUACUGUAAAUGCAUUUUGACAGCCAGUUACAUAAAUAGAAAGAUGUGAGACAUGUCAGACAUUAAACAACUGAUUUCUAAAAUGAA